AGUUACACAGCGUAGUAGCCACACUCAUCAUGUCAGGUAGAGGCAAAGGCGGUAAGGGACUCGGGAAAGGAGGCGCGAAGCGUCACCGCAAAGUACUCCGUGAUAACAUCCAGGGUAUCACGAAACCAGCUAUCCGUCGUUUGGCCCGGCGCGGUGGCGUUAAGCGUAUCUCUGGGCUGAUUUACGAGGAAACUCGCGGCGUCCUGAAGGUUUUCCUGGAAAACGUCAUUCGUGACGCUGUCACCUACACCGAGCACGCCAAGAGAAAGACCGUCACGGCCAUGGAUGUGGUGUACGCCCUCAAGAGGCAAGGGCGUACACUCUACGGCUUUGGUGGUUAAAGCUCCUGUCGUGGAAAGAUUGC